CAUUCCCAGUGCUUCCUGGUGCUGAUCAGAGAAAAGGCUGAGAGCUUGUCAAACUCUGAGCAGCCAGUGGCACAUUUCCUGUUGUUGACAGGCGAGGAGAACAGCAGAGGCUGCGCUGAGCUGCGUGCAGGGACUCGCAUUUUAUCAGCUGGGGUGCACACAGACACUCUUUCACAGGAAGAGCUGCUAUCACUUCUCAGAUACACAGACGCAGAGGAAACAUUGACACUGAACCUCUUACCAACGGCCCAGAAAAAGGAGCUGCUCCACAGGUGGACUGACUCCCUCCAUCAAGAGUCUGACUGAAGAAAACAAGUGGGAACUGCUUUGUUAUUUGUUGGGUUUUCAGCUGAUCUGAGUGUAACCGGGAGGUGUUAUGGUUUUGUUCCACAUGGGAUCGGAUAAAACCUCAUCUAUACUCAUGCAGGCUGAGGAUCCUGUUCGCCAGGACAUGCAGUUCUACUAUGUGGGCGACCAUACGUGGGCCACCAUGCUGGGGCAGAGCGUGAGGCUGCUGCCGGUUGCCAUCCAAAGCCUCUCAGAGCUCGAAAGAGCACGUCUGCAGGAGGUGGCCCUUUACCACUUGGAAAGAAGAGACUUGGACUUUAAGAUCAGCAUUCCAAGAGAGAUUCGUAAGAGAAGGAAAUCACUACGGAGAAAGUUUGACUCCUUCUCAAAAGAAAAGAAAGAGCGAGAGUCUGCAGCCAAAGCAUUCGGUAUCCCUCUCGCCCAGGUAAUCGCAAACGAUCGGGCACACAAGCAGCGUCAGGACGCUCUGAAAGAGAGCCGACGGGACUGUCUAGACCUGGAGGCCAGUGUUCUUCACUUCCGGGCCGAGAAAUCGCAGCAAAAUGGUAACCGGCCACUGGGCAAUUCAGCCUUUUCACCUGGUGCUGCCUCAACAACAGCAUUGGAAGUCCACAGCAAACCUCCCACAUCAGCGUUCAUGGACAACACCUCACGCUCACACAGACGGGGAGGAAUGUCUGUAGACUGCAUCUCUGAUCUGGUUGAGAGUCAGUCCAGACUACUGGAAGCUCUGCAGCUUUCUCACCCUAAUGAGCUGGAGAUGAAAAAGGCUGCUGGUCGAACACAGGCCAAACUCAGUCUCAACCCCAUCUACAGACAAGUUCCUCGAGUGGUUGAGCGCUGCUGUAACCACAUCCAGACCUACGGAUUACAAACUUUAGGGAUUUUCCGUGUAGGCAGCUCCAAAAAGAGAGUCCGUCAACUGCGCGAGGACUUUGACAUUGGGAUAGAUGUCGUGUUAGACGAGGAACACAGCGUCCAUGACGUGGCGGCAUUACUGAAGGAGUUUCUGAGGGACAUGCCUGACCCCCUGUUACCACGAGAACUCUACCAGGCCUUUCUGCACGCUAACCAGCUGAGAGGGGCAGAUCAGUUGACAUACCUGCAGCAGUUGUUGUACUUGUUGCCACCCUGUAAUUGUGACACUCUGCUGAGGCUCCUGACCCUCCUUCAUUUAGUACAGGAGAACGCAAAAAGCUCAACUGGACCCAACCAGCAGGAGAUCUCAGGUAACAAGAUGACAGCAGCAAACCUGGCGGUGAUCUUUGGGCCCAAUCUCCUCCAGAAAGAGAGAGGAUCGGAGAGAGAGCUCAGCCCUCAAGCUCUGGGCAUAGAGGACAGCACUGCCAUCAUCUCUGUCACCCUAAUGCUCCUCCAGAACCACCAACACCUCUUCAUGGUGUCUGCUGAGCUGCAGCAGGAGGUGCUCAUGAGCCUCAUUCAGACGGACCCUGACGUCAUUGACUAUCUGCUGCGCAGGAAACUCAGUAGUAGCAGCCUUACAAUACAGACGGACUCUGGUGGACGGAGGGACACGCAGGCAUCUCUAGACUCUGUGGGUCAGUCCAGUGAUGACCUAUCUUCCCUGGAGCCACUGUGUCCUCUUUAUCCAGAGACAUCUGCCAUAGGAAGUCUGAGCAGUGAGGUCUUCCUUAAUGUCCUUCAUCUUAACACUAACAGGAAACGCUCCUCUGAGGUUCCACCCAAGUCCAUCGUUAAAAUGAGGCAGUUUCAUUCCCACCACAACCUGCUGAGUCUGACCCAGUCUUCCGCUAAUGCCCAAGGUGAUGAGCUCCAGGACCAGAGGCAAGGUGUUUCAAGACAGACCUGCUCAGAGGAGCGCCUUCAUUUCAGUCUGGGGCGGCAGGACAGUGGCUCGCAACCACAGAGUCCUAGAGAGAGGGGCAUCUGGGUUCGACAGAGCUCCAACGCCUCAUCCACGACGUCAGACGACAGCAAGCCGCCAAGCAACUUCUGGGACUUUUUCACUGGCAAGAUACCUGUUGUCAGGAGAAGCCCUUCGCUGCAAAACUUCUUCAACGACCAUUCACAGUCUCAGAAAAAUUAGGUGGAGUGGAAGACUUUCUUUGAAGGAUGGGAUAUUUUUGAUAACUUUUUACCUUUUGGAGAACAUACUCUGAACUCAUGGCAUCAUUGAACCACAAGGGGGUGAUACUGGUGUCAACAUUACAUUGACAUUAAACUUGCAUUUGACUAGAUCUUGUCCAAAUAUCCUGUCUGAAAUGAUCUCUAUUACUUGCUGGACUUACUGUUGUUUUGGAUUAAAGGCAGGAUUUCCACCAAUAAGGGUGAAAGUGUUCGGAGUGAGCAUUGCCAUUUCUAUAGCUGGCAAGUCUAAUAAAAACUCCAAACUCUAAGGCAAUCAACCUACCAAGCUUAAAUGCAAGACUGACCAAGAAAUACACAUUAACAUAGAUGAAAGGGCAAAUAUUGAAGUAUGAAUUUAAGGUCUGACCUCAGAGGUGCCAAUUUAUGUGUGAAAAGAUUCUUGAAUUCAUUCUCCUUCCCAACCAUUCUUUCACAAUUUGAGCAUCUUGAUUGUCAUCCUGGGAUAUGGCCAUGUGUCUCUCACAUGGUUGUUUAAGAAAUUAAAAGUGUUGCCAAACAUUGCAGUUACUGGCAAGGAGCGGAAAUCAAGUCUUGAUGGUCAGUUUCCUUCUAAAUUAGUUGGGAUAUACCAUGGAUAAAUAAGAGAUAAAACUCAUAUUCAUCAUUUUAAAUUCGAACGUAGGCUAGUUAGUUGGGUUUAUGUUUACAAUAAUGAUUUCGUAAUGGCGACAAGUCGAGUCGAAGGAAUUUUUUUCUACAGCACUGAAGGUGUUGAUUUGGAUCAGGACUGAGUUUUAUGUAAAUGACACUGAUACUUAGCGAGUUUUAAAAAGCGAUUUCUACAUUCUACAUUUCUAUGAUUGCAGUCUUCAUUUAAUGUGUGUACAACAUUAAAACGACUCUUAACACGA